UUUGUGGAUUAGUGUGAUUUAUAUCCUCCCUCAAACAUAUCUAUGUCAAAUCUUGUAUUUGGCCCUUCCACAGGAUGAAUGUCGAGAAUUUCGGGAUCUAUUCAAGAACGGGAAGCUUUCCUGCACAAGAGAAAAUGACCCUGUCCGGGAUUCUUCUGGGAAGCAGCACAGCAAUAAGUGCAUCAUGUGUGCAGAGAAGUUCAAAAAGGAGAAUGAGCAGAAGUCAUCUAAAAACAGACAAGGAAAAAAUAAGGACGACUGCAGUGAGUAUCGCUCCCAGUUCGAGGCCCGUGGAAGGCUGUCCUGCACGAGGGAGAAUGACCCCGUUCGGGAUUCUUCGGGCAAGCAGCACAUCAACAAAUGUCUCAUGUGCGCUGACAAACUCAAAAAGGAAGCCCAAAGAGGAGGCCAGUCUGGGGGAAAUGCCCAGCGUAACCGUGAGCUCACGUCAGAGAGGAAAACUGAGAAGAGCUGCAGUGGCUCAGGGUCACAGCAGGCAGCGAGUGAGCAGCAUCCGUCCUCUGCAAGCACAGGCCUGCAAAGAGACCAAGCUCAGCAUGGUGGGAACUGUGACCCUGGACUUGGGCGCAAAGGACAGAGCCGAGACACGGACACCUACCAGCCACUGGACUGUGAUCGAAUUCUGCAUGGGGUAAAGGGUGGAAGGAUUUUCUGCAGCAAAUCCUCACAACCCGUCUGUGGCACUGAUGGGAAAACAUACAAAAAUGAAUGUGACUUGUGUUCAGCUGCCAUGAGAGCUACAAACUACAUCACAGUAAGCUACCAAGGUGAAUGCCGAAAGCCUGCUGCAGAAGUGCAGUAAUGGAGUUCCUACUGCCAACAAGUAUCAGGAAUCAGCUGUGACCAAAGGUAAGGAGAGCAGCGCUGUGAUUUAUUCCCUCUGGGCCAGCCUGCCCUGGAGACAGCAUUUCACAAGGUUUGAUUGUC